GAAUCCAAAUCCCUAAAAAUAGCUCAAAACGUGCCAGACUAACCUUGAACCUCAAAAUAUCAUCGACUGAUAGUGAAAACUCAUUACAUCAUUCGGAAAUGCACCAAAAACAAAAUAAUAGACAGUAAACUUCGCAUCGUCGAUGAACCAAAAAUAGAUCAGUGAGAAUGCGAAGAUUUUUCAUUCAUGAGUAUUUCAUUUAAAGCUUCAGUAUUAAAUCGAAAAUGAAAGAGAAAGCACAGAAAGAAAAGCGGAAGGAAAAGGAGCUUGAGAGGAUAAUAAUUCAAAAGAAUAUCGAACCAUGUCUAGUUGUGCAUGGAGGUGCUGGAACAAUACCACAAAGUCGUGAAGAAGGAAAAAUCAAGGGAGUUAAGAAAUCAGUAUAUUAUGGAUAUAAGACACUAAUAGAAACAGAUAAUGCACUACAGGCUGUAGAAAGAGCUGUGAAUGUUAUGGAGAUGGAUGAAUAUUUCAAUGCAGGCUAUGGAAGUGUUUUAACAAUAGAAGGAAAUGUAGAAAUGGAUGCAAGUAUUAUGUGCGGAAGAACAUUAAAUUUUGGCGCCGUUAGUAUAGUCAAGGACAUUCUAUAUCCGAUAUCAUUAGCGAAAUUAGUCAUGCAGAAAUCACGUCAUAAAUUUCUUUGUGAAGAUGGUGCAAUCAAUUUUGCAAGACGUAAUGGCAUGAGGAUUUUAUAUCCAUCGGGACAACUUGUAACAGAUUUUACGUCUAAUUUUAUGCAAACUUAUGUCAAUGAACAGCUUUCUAAAACCGACAAAUUGAAAGAUCACGAAAAGAAAUUUGAAGCAAUUGGAGAAACUGGAACUGUCGGUGCAGUCGCAAUUGAUAGAUGUGGAAAUAUUGCAGUUGCGACAUCUACAGGAGGUAUAGGAGGAAAAAUGACGGGAAGAAUUGGGGACACGCCAGUUAUUGGAUCAGGGACUUAUUGUGAUAAUAAAUUUGCAGGAGUUUCAUCAACAGGUCAUGGAGAUAUUUUAAUGAGAGCAUGUAUAGCACAUGAUGUUGUAAAGAGAAUGGAUUAUCUUAAAGAAGACAUUCAGACUGCAUCAGAAAAGGCUUGUAAGAGAAUGUUAGAUGAUUUUAAAGGAACUGGAGGAUUAAUAGGAAUAGAUUCAAAUGGACAAAUUGGAAUUACAUUUACUAGUCAACGAAUGGCGUGGGCUUAUCAGAGAGGAAGUCAACUUCAUUAUGGAAUUAAGAUAAAAGAUGAUUAUGUACAGGAAGUGGAUGAUGAUGAUUUUAGUGAUUAUGAAUAA